ACGGGGGUGUGGUGCAGAUCCCUACUGGAGCGACGUCGGACGCGCCGGAUCUUCUUCAAGGAACCAUGUCGAGGCAAGAAGCAGACGCCAACGCCUCCUCGUGGGUCGUUGCGACCCGACGAGGCUCGGCAGUGUCCCGGGCUCCAGAAAGGCCGACGGAGGAUUCAAAUCGAAGAGGUCAGGGGGUCCCUAAGGGCGGCAGAGGUGGCGGCUGGAGGAAUUCGUCUGGUCUCCCGCAGCCUGUGGCGCCUGGUGCCCGCGAACCGCCGCUCUGCUUUGGAUUGAAGAACAUGUGGGUCGGCGCUGUGAUCGGUCGUGGUGGGUCAAAAAUAAAAGACAUACAAAGUACAACAAACACAAAAAUACAGAUAAUAAAAGGUUAUCCUGAUGCACAGGUCAGGAUAUUCGGUAGCAAGGGCAUGAAGGCCAAGGCCAAAACAGCGAUAGAUAAUGUUGUUAAACAACAAGAAAGUUACAGUUUAAAGCCUAGAAUUGAUAUUGUUGCAUUCCAACCUUCUGUUGGAAGAGAUUUAAGGACAGAGGGUAAUAGUACAGAGAAUCAGCCAUUGAUUGAUUGGGAUCAAAUUCGAGAAGAUGCUUUGAAAUGGAAAAAGAAAAAGUGGGAAGACUUACCUGCAAUUAAGAAAAAUUUUUACAAGGAGUCAGAAGCAACAAGUUCAAUGUCACAAGAGCAAGUAGAAAGUUGGAGGAAAGAAAAUUAUAAUAUAAUGUGUGAUGACUUGAAAAAUGGUCAGAAGCGUCAGAUACCAAAUCCUACCUGUACUUUUGAGGACGCCUUUAAACAUUACCCUGAGGUUAUGGAAAACAUUAAAAAGGCAGGUUUCAGGAAGCCGACACCAAUUCAGUCACAGACAUGGCCAAUAGUCCUACAAGGAAUAGAUCUUAUAGGAGUAUCCCAAACUGGAACAGGGAAGACAUUGUCCUACCUAAUGCCUGGAUUCAUCCAUCUCGAUUUACAGCCUGUAAUUAGAGAAAAAAGGAACGGACCCGGAAUGUUAGUCCUUAUACCCACUAGGGAAUUAGCUCUUCAAGUACAAGCGGAAUGUUCUAAGUAUUCAUAUAAAGGCCUUAAAAGUGUUUGUAUAUAUGGUGGAGGAGAUAGAAAUGGUCAGAUACAAGAACUGAAAAAAGGAGUAGAUAUUAUUAUUGCAACUCCUGGAAGACUGAAUGAUCUACAAAUGAAUAACUUUGUCGACCUCAGAAGCAUAACUUACUUGGUAUUAGAUGAAGCUGACAAGAUGCUAGACAUGGGAUUUGAACCCCAGAUAAUGAAGAUUUUAUUAGAUGUGCGCCCUGACAGGCAGACAAUUAUGACAAGUGCAACGUGGCCAUAUGCUGUCCGUCGACUUGCACAGUCUUAUUUAAAAGAGCCCAUGAUUGUAUACGUUGGUACUUUGGACCUAAUUGCAGUAAGUACGGUGAAACAAAACAUAAUUGUCACCACAGAAGAAGAGAAGCGAUCUCAUAUCCAAACUUUUCUAGAAAACAUGUCUCCCAAAGACAAAGUCAUCGUGUUUGUUAGUAGAAAAGCUGUUGCCGAUCACUUAUCAAGUGACCUGAUCCUGCAACAUAUAUCAGUGGAGUCCCUUCACGGCAACAGAGAACAGAAAGACCGAGAGAAAGCAUUAGAAAACUUUAAAACAGGUAAAAUAAGAAUACUGAUUGCCACAGACUUAGGAUCUCGAGGUCUUGAUGUCCACGACAUCACACAUGUUUAUAAUUAUGAUUUCCCCCGGAACAUUGAAGAAUAUGUACAUAGAGUAGGCCGCACAGGAAGGGCAGGGAAGACUGGAAUGUCUGUUACCCUCAUCACUAGAAAUGACUGGAGGAUCGCUGGUGAGUUAAUUAACAUUCUGGAAAGAACACAUCAGAAUGUCCCAGAUGAACUUAUGGCAAUGGCCGAGAGAUACAAGGCAAAUAAACUGAGAAGAGAAAUGGAAAAAUUGGGAAAACCCCAAGGAAAACCUAAGAAAUGUUAUUACUAAUGUCCUUGUU